AUGGCCUUCAUGCGCUACGCAGAAGGAGAACAAUCUGGGGUUGAUGCUUUAUCUUGUGGUUCCCCCAAGAAAGGCAAGGUGGGGAGCUUGGAGAAGGGACGCACCAGCCUCACCUUGGUCCUGCUGACUCCACGAAUCUGGCUCCCCCGGCCUCAGCCGGGCAUGAAAACUCGCCAGCUCCUGGCCCCCAGGCUCAGCGAUGCCGGUGGCAGGCCGUUUUCCCUCCUCACCCCAUGCGUCUGCAGAAGAGACCCAUACCUGGCCCAGACCAAGCCCCUGGCCAUGCGCCAUCACCACCCCAGAGUCAGAAGCAGCUGGCUGGUCGCCCCCCAGCCCGCUGCUGCUCAGCCCCUCCCUCCGGGGCUGGUGUUGGCCAAGAGUGCCAAGGUGGGCGCCCCCGUCUGGAAGUCCAGUGCAGGGGCAUUGAGGGAAGGGGUCGAGCAAGCUGGGGGGCUGGAGCGAGACAGCACUGCCAUCCCAGAAAAUGGAGAGCCCAAUUUCCCGUCUGCAGCAGCUGCUGGGCAGCUAGGGGGGUCUCGAGAGCCGCCCCUGCUGCGGUCUUCUUUGAGGUUCCUCGGUGCAAAGACGGGGGCGUGGGGUUGGCGCUACGCGGGGGCCGUGGGGGCUCCCGGAUUAGCGACCCCCCCAGCAACGCAAUCAGAGGAGAGAAGGAACUCCGAGCUAGAAGACUGCCCGGCCCUCGCCACCGCCGCGCGCGGGGGACCCCCCCUUCCCGCAACCAGGGUGGGCUGCGGCGAGGGCUCGGGUCCAGCCCUGCGACCAGCGUGGAAGGGGGGGUCCCGGGCGACCCGCCGGCGCCGCGCGAGUGGCCGUCGCACGCGGAGCCCCCUUGGGGAUUGGGGGGGGUUACGGCCGCCCCCCGAGAGGGGGGGCGAGGGCGAGGGCAGGGGCCCCGGGGCCCCCAGGCCGCCCGGCGCGGGUGGGCGGGCUGCAGGGGCCCCCGUGGGCCGGGGCCGGGCUUUGUCUGCGGCGGCUCGGCUUUGGGAAGGCGCCAGCCCGGGUACAAGAUGGCGGGGAAAGGGUGGGAUCGCGGGCGCUCGCCACGCGGAGCGGCCCCGCUCUGCCGGCGCUGCAGCGGGGGGAGGGGCGGGGCGCCGGCGACCCCGCGCGCCCCCCGCCCCCGCUCCGGCCGCCGGCCCGCACCCCAGCCGGCGACCCCGCGCCCCUCGGUCCCCGCCGCGUGCGUGUGGCGGCGGCCGCCUGCGCCUCCCUCCGCAGAGCCCCGGCCGCGGCAGCUGCAGAAAAUGGCUGCCAAAGCGGCGCCAGUCGCCACGCUGCCACGGGCGGGGGGCGGGCGCCGCGGCCCCCAGCGGCCCGGCCCCGCUUCCCUCGCCCGGGGACUCUCCGCCCGGGCGCUGGGACCCCGGCGGGCAGCGGGUCAUGGGGGGGGCGGGCGGCUGGGGCGGGAGGGGGCGCAGCGGCCGGAGCGGGGGGCGAGCGGGGCGGGGGAGGGGCGGUUACCUGCGGGCGGAGGGGCGCGGGGUGGGGGGGCGGUGGCAGGAGGCCGGUGCGGGGACGGAGGGUGCUCUCGCCCUGCCCCCUCUCUGCAAGCCCCGAGCCCUCCCGGGGUCGCGGCUCCCGGGUGGGGAAAUGCUAAUGGGGCUGUUGACCUCCGUGACCGCGGGCCGCCCCCGCCCAAGUAGAGAUUCCCCGGCCUCGCCCCCACCCCCUCGCGGCGGUGCAGCUGGGCGGGCCCGCCUCGACGCCCCCCGCAGAAAAAUGAAAAUUAAAUUAAAAGCCGUGCGCGUGCCGACUACAAAACGACCCAAGCCCGGAACUCCGCGGAGAAGAUCCGGGUGGAUCCUCGGGCGCCAUGAACUGCAGCGGCGGCGGGAGCUCGGCAGGUGCCGCGCGCCCACCCUCCUCUCCGCAGGGAGCCGCUCCCCGACCCCCGCCUCCGCCCCGCCGAGAGCAGCUCCCGCCGCGGGGGCGCCCGCGGCCGCCCUGCGGCUCCCAGGCACCCGGGCCCAGGCACUCUUCUUUGGGCGCCAAGGGGAGCCCGGGGCGAGCUGGAGUCCCCGGCGCGAACUCGGGACAGGGCCGAGGGGAGCACUAGAGCAGGGGAAGAAGUUGCCCCCGGAGUCCCCGGCUUGGGGUUCCUGGGGAAUAAACGAAAAGUGCGAGCCGAGGGCUCGCUCAGGCUUCCCAGUAGGGGGCAUCGCUGGGCGCCUCCGCAAGGCGGCUGCCCUGGAGAGGCGAGCUCGGUCACAAGCGAAGUCCCCAGGGCGCUAG